GAAGGCAUAUUAGUCACUGAGGUUAGUAAUGUGGCACACCACAACUGCUUUCUAAAGCGUGCUGAGUGUGUAGGAGAAAUAAGAGGCCUAGAAUUAGUCCCUGAACCUGCAGACCUGCACAUCUAAAACGACAGGAAACAGGAGAGCCCUUUCCUCUCGCACCUGCAACACCGUCUUUACCUGGACAGGACACAAUGGCCAGUCCGGUUCGGACCCAGACAGAGAACUCCAUUCUUCAGACACCACGUCCCGGUUUUGCAGAUAACUCGCUGACUCUUCUUAAGCGAGAAGAUGGAAUAGUGCAGACCUCGGAGAUGGUCGACCACAAACCCCGUCUAGAUGGCUCGGACCGUGGACAUCCUGGACUCUAUCUGUCCUGCUUUGACAUGCUCUUUACUGAGGAUGCCGCGUGGCUGGUGAGGGUGUCUGAUUCCUCCACAUCUGUGGGUGCUGCUGGGCACCAAUUGGAUCUGUGUCAAGAACCAGAGCAGUGUCCUGUCAUCGACAGCCCAGGGCUGGAAUCCUCACCACUGUCUCCUACCCUGGAAGAACAGGUGGAAGAGAGAUCUUUGGAGCAGGUGCAAAGUCUGGUAGUGGGAGAAGUUCUGAAGGACAUUGAAACAGCUUGUAAACUUCUAAACAUCACACCAGAUCCAAUGGAGUGGAACUGUGAGAACGUACAGAAGUGGUUACUAUGGACGGAGCAUCUGUACAGGCUUCCGCAGGUGGGCAAGGCUUUCCAAGACCUGAAUGGGAAAGAUUUAUGUUCCAUGAGUGAGGAAGACUUCCGACAGCGGUCGCCACAGUGCAGUGAAACCUUACAUGCACAUCUGGAUAUAUGGAAAUCAGGUGAAAUACAUAAGUCUGCCUGGAUGAAGGAAAGAUGUUCGGUUGGAGAGACCAGGAUGAGAGAACCAGAGGAGCUUUGGUCAGAAGCAGAUUCAUCGUGUUCAGGUCAGCCGAUCCACCUGUGGCAGUUCCUCAGAGAACUUCUCCUGAAACCUCACAUUUAUGGACGCUACAUCCGCUGGAUCAACAAAGAGAAAGGGAUCUUCAAAAUCGAAGAUUCGGCUCACGUCGCACGUCUCUGGGGUUUGAGGAAGAACCGGCCAGCUAUGAACUAUGACAAACUCAGCCGCUCCAUUCGGCAGUACUACAAAAAGGGCAUUAUACGCAAGCCAGAUGUCUCUCAAAGACUCGUCUAUCAGUUUGUACAUCCUGUAUAAAAGAGAUGAUUUCAUCCAUCCAAACCAGAGGAUGGGCACAAACUUUAUGAACUGACAAGCUCUCCUAAAUAUUCCAAUCUAUUUUGGAGACGUAGUCCUGAGUUUUGCACGACAGUGAAACCAAGAAAAAUGUCGCAAGAUUUCAAUUAUUUUAUAUGCAUAUAAUGUCAAAUGAAUUGUUUAGUAUAAUUGCACUCCUUUAAAAAAUAAUUGUGUGCCACUUCAACACUAACAAAUGGACCUGGAUUCCUUUAAACAUGGUAUCAGUUAAUGCACUUUUACUUUCUGUUACUUCAAGAACCUACACUACCAAUCAAAAGUUUGGACACGCUUGAUAGAAUUUAUGUUUCGCAAGAUAUAAAAAAAUAUUUGAUCUAAAAGCCUAUGCUUAAAUGCCUUUUUUUGUCACAACAUAAUUCCCAUACUUCCAUUUGUGUUAUUUCAUAGUUUAAUUACUUUACUACAAUUCUGAAAUAUGGAAAAUAGUCAUCUUAAAGAAUGAGUGGGUGUGUCCAAACUUUUGACUGGUUAAAAAUAAGAGAGAGUCAGUAAACUGUACUCCUUAAAGGAAUAGUUCACCCAAAAAUGAAAAUUUGCUGAUAAUUUACUCACCCUCAGGCCAUCCAAAAUGUAUCUGAGUUUUUUUCUUCAUCAAAACAGAAUUUAAGACUUUUAGGACCUCCUCCAAAUUUUCAUUUUUGGGUGAACUAUUCCUUUAAAGCAUGUUACAAAAAAAGCCAAAACUCGCAAGAUCUGCCUGUCAACUUUAACCUGUAAAACUAACUAAUAAGGUGUGCGAUAGAAACAGAGUGUUUUUUUUGUGACUCAUGCACCUUUAUGUACCUUAAGAUGAGCGUACCUUGUUCUAAGCCAGCUCUCAUAUUCACAUCACCGUGAAUACUGCCAGUGUGUGCAGUGGAAAGGACUUCAGUUUGGUUUAAUCUCUGGCUUGCACCCAACAAACACCACAUUUUUAUUUUUUUUUUUCUUUGGUUUGUGACUAAUCGUACUGCAAACCUUUCAACUCUGCCCAUGUGGACAAUUCACCUUACUCAUAAAUUGUCAUCCACCGUUUCACACACCUCACUGCUCACGUCAUGUUUUAUACUACUAAUGCAAAUGAGGGCUUACCGGCAGCCCAUGGGUUUUGUUAUAAUAGGUAUACUGUAUGUGUCACUUGUAUUGCAAAGGUUAAUUGACACAAGUUUAUGUAAAAUGUGUUUAUGUGAGAUUAUGUAAUCUCUAUUGUAAAGUCUAAUCUAUAAGAGUGGUCUUGAGUGUGCAUUGGAACAAUCGUUCCCAUUCCAAAAACAACCGUUUUCACUUUAACGUUGGCAUUACUAAAUAUUAUUCAUACUUUUGCAGUUAUGUCAUAGCUAUGAAGUCAUUUUUCAUGUACCUUAUGUUUUCUUCAGUUGUUGUUCUUGCAUUUUGU